GCAGCAAUUUCAUAAAGGUUGCUUUGUGCUUAGCCAGGAGGGUGGGCAUGAGCAGACAUCGGAAAUGCUCAAGAAGAUUGAGGGCAAAUCAGACAAAUGUUUCACCACACAUAUGUUUAUGAAAGCGCAAAUAGAGGAGAGAGUCAGGUUCCAGACAGAGUGGGAAAAGGAAAAAAAGAAAAAUGAGGAGAUGAUGAAGCAGCUCAACAGCUCAGCAGUCAUUCAGAAUCCAGACAGCACCCCAGAUUGUGUCAGGAUCGUGCUGAUUGGGAAGACAGGAGUUGGGAAGAGUGCAACAGGAAACACCAUCCUGGGGAGAGAGGCUUUUACAUCUAAAGCUUGGGGUAAAUCAGUGACGACCUUUUGUCAGAAAGACACAACACAAGUAAAUGGCCGUCCUGUUGCUGUUGUAGACACACCAGGGCUGUUUGAUCCAGAUUCCUCCAAUGAAGAUGUCAAGAAAGAAAUUCUGAAGUGUUUCAGCUUGCUGGCCCCUGGACCCCAUGUGUUCUUGGUGCUUCUUUCAAUUGGCAGGAUGACACCAGAGGAAAAGGAGACGUUGAAACUAAUCAAAGAUACCUUUGGGACCAAGGCUGAAAAGUUUACCAUUACCCUUUUCACCAAAGGGGAUAAUCUAGAUACUAAUACAACAGUACAACAGUAUAUCAACAGUGAUCGUGCAAUUGAACAACUAAUCUCUGACUGUGAAGGACGGUAUCAUGUGUUCAAUAACAAAAAUAAAGAAAAUCGCAAACAGGUGGCUGAGCUGAUGGGAAUAAUUGACAGGAUGGUGGAGAAGAACGGUGUGGGUUGUUACACCAACACGAUGUUCCAAAUGGCAGAAGCUGCAAUUAAAGAGAAGUUUGAAAACUUGAUGAGAGAGAGGGAGUUGGAAAUUGAGAGGGAGAAGAAACAGCUCCAGGCCAAAUUUGAUGAGGAAAUAAGAACAAUGAUGGACGAAAAGACGAGGGAAAUACAGAGGGAAAGAGAAGAGAGAGAGAAGCUGCUGAGAGAAAAAGAGGAUUACGUCAUCAAAGAACGUCAAAGAAGAGAUGAGAGAGAGGGGAGGGAAAGGGAAGAGAGAGAAGUAGAGGAUAAAAAGAGGAGAGAUGAAGAGGAGACCCAGAGACAGUUAUGGAUUAGAACCUUGGAGGAAGUUGAGCAAAAGCAUAAGGAACAGAAAGAAGCGUGGGAGAUGGAGCACAAAAAACAACUGGAAAAAGAGAAAGAGAGAGCAGCAAAAGAACACAAGGAAUGGAUUGAGAGGCAAAGAAAAGAGAGAUCUGAAUUUGAGAGAGGACAAGAAGCUGAAAGAAAGAGAAGGGAUGAAGAAGAGAUGUCUAGGAAGGAGAAAGAGGAACUGGAGAGACAGAAGUUAGAGGCUAAAGUGACGGGCGCUGAAGAACUGACUGAGGAGAUUCGCAAGGAGAGAAUUAAACAGUUGAGGAAGUGGGAAGAUGAAAGAAGGAAAGAAAAACAAAAUGAGCAAAAUGAGAGAGAGGAGUGGGAAAGGUUGCAAAAGAAAAUGAAAGAAGACUUUGAAACUGAGAAGGAAAGAGCAAGAAAAGAAAGGGACUCUAAAGAAGAAGCGCGAAGAGAACAAGAAAGGAAAGAAAGAGAGAGAAUUGAGAACAAACAUGGAGAAAAGAUUGAAGACAUGAAGCAUGCUUGGGAAAAGCAAGAAAGGGAGUGGACUAAAGCAAGAAAAGAAGAAACAGAAAGAAGGCAGAAAGAGGAUGAGGAGAGCCAGAGGAAGAUCAGAGACCUUCAGGAAGACUUUGAAAGAGAAAAGGAAAAGGAAAAGAAAAGGAGAAAGAAAGAGGAUGAAGACAGAGAGGAAGAGCACAAGAGAAAGUUAAAGGAAAUUGAAGAACAGAAUCAAAAGAAAAUUGAGAUGUUGAUUAAAAAACACGAGGAUGAGGUCCGAAAGAAAGCAGAGGAAUUCAAUGAAUUCACCAAGGAUUUAAAGGGUAUACAUAGUUUAGAACAAGAUGAACUGAGGAAAAGAAUAAAAGAAUGGGAAGAAAAAUCCAAUGACAAGUGUGUUCUGCUUUAAAUGUAUCUUUUAGGCUUCAGGAUGUAACCAUAGAAUAAACCACACAGCAGGUACAAAUCAUAAUAGUGUAGAAAGAGCUUGAAUAUUUGUGCACGCUGCAUAUUAAACUAUCUUUUUUAGAGAAAACAUCAACUUUCAGUACUAAUUAUUUUGUGUGAAGUUUGCGUACGCAUUUUGUGAGACUAUUUAUCCUACAAGAAAUAAUUUUCUUCCAUGUGUAAUUGUCUUGAUAACUAUUUUGUAGUUUUUACAAUUUCAAAAAAAAGUUGCGGCCCGAUAACCUUUGGAACUUAAAACACAGAUCGUCUAGGUCUGGGUCCGUUGUUUACAGAACAUUUCUUUCAGAACAUUCCAGGGUUGCAUUGUUUCACUAGGUUGACUUUUCUCACACCCCUCCUGAUGCUUUCAUCUCUAUCCUCUGUCACUGUAUCUCUCCCUGUGCUUUUACACAUAAGGUUUAGACUAAGAGGAGGACAUUAAAUUAAGGGUACUAGGUGUUGUAUGGCAUUGCAAUAUGAUUUCUUUGUCAUGUUUGUUUUGAUUUGAAUGGUCUUGGUGUGAGUGGUGCAGUGAUCUCAGUCCUGCAGCUAAAUAGAUUAUUUUGAAUAAAGGUCUCAGAAGCCAGAGACUCCGACACUUUUCCUUCAUAUGGUCUGAAUGUUUGCAUGUUUCAUAUGUGUUUUCUGAGGUAUUUGUAAUUUUAGAUUAUUCAUUUCAGAUCAGUUUGAAUGUGUAACUGAACUGAAUCAUGUUUUUUUAUAUUAUAUCUGUAUCUGCCUGGGUAAGAGUUGUCUUGUUUUUUUGUGUAUGACCACUGUCUGGUUUUUGUACAUUGAGCUCUGCAUGCUCCUCAGCACCUCUGGAUUGUGUUUUUGUUGCUGUCAGCUUUUUUUGGUUGCUGUUAGAACUGUGACUCUGAACUGUCUUUGACUGACAAUCUUUUUGCCUGGCCUUCUGUUUUAAGGACAGAUUCAUUAAACAUCUCUUUUCACAA